UUUAACAGCGGACGGAGAACAUCGACAGCGACAUGGCCCUCCAGGAGCUACCAGUAAUCGUAUUCGUGCUGUGCCUUCUCGGGUGUGCUCCGGGCGGACUUCAGGCGGCCGUGCACGAUGAGCUGCCGCAGUGCGGCCUGCAUGGCAUCUACAGGCAGCGGCAGAGUGUCAUCGAGUCGCCCAACUAUCCGGCCAACUAUCCGGUGAACACCUGCUGGGAUUAUGUGAUACGCUCGCCGUAUCGCUGCCCCACCAAGUUCCAUGUGCAAUUUCUUGACUUUAAGCUGGAGCUGUCGGAGAAGUGCGGCCGGGAUUACCUGGCCAUUGGCCUGGAGAACGAUGGCGAGGACAUGGAUGUGCUCUGCGGCCAGGUGCUGGGCAUCAAGAAGUAUCACACACCCGACGGCGUCUUGCGUUUGCGCUUCCUCAGCGACGCAUCGCCGUGGACAACGGGCGGAGGCUUUCGGCUUUUGGUCACGCGUCUGGCCUGUGAGCGGGAGCAGCUGGAUCUGGCCUCCAGGGGCCUGGAUGCCGACAGCGAGGACGAUGUGGAGGAUGCGGUUGAUGGUGACACGGUGCAAGUGAGUGCCAAGUUUCCGUCCAAGAAGCAACAUCAUCAUCACCAUUUGCUGCAGCCACAGCAGCCGCAAGAGCAACAGCAGCAGCAGCCGCAGCAGCAGCCAUUGAACUUUACACAGCAAAAUCCUUGGGGAUUCAAUGUGGGCUGGCCUGCUGCUGCUGCUGCUGCUGCAGUGCCGCCAUUUUAUCCUCAGGGAGUGCCAACUGGAGGAGGCUUUUACCUGCCACCUCAACACUCGCCGCCCUGCCAGCAGCAACAGCAGCAACAAUUGCAACAGCAACAGCAACUUUUGCAGCAGAGCCCACUGCAGCAGCAGCAGCAAAAAUUGCAACAGCAGCAACAAUUGCAACAGCAGCAACAAUUGCAACAGCAGCAACUUUUACAGCAGCAGCAACAGCUGCAACAGCAACAGCAACUUUUGCAGCAGAGUCCACUGCAGCAGCAACAAUUGCAACAGCAGCAACAAUUGCCUCUAAUCUCUGAUCAAUACCAAACCAGUGCCUUCCAGCCACCGACGGUGACGCUCAAGGACUACGACUCGCAGAGUCAGCAGCAGUUUGGCGGCUCGCUGGAUCUGUGCUGUUCCAGCAGCUUCAAUCAGAAUCACUUCUACCUGUCCAGUCCCGGCUUCCCAAGGACUGUGCUGAACGCCCUGCUGCCCAAUCAGCAACGGGAUUGCGUGUUCUACAUCGAGAAGAGUUCCCCGAAUGUCUGUCGUCUGCGGAUUCAGUUCAAGUUCUUUGAUUUUGGCCAGAAUUCAGGAGGCAUCGCAGGUGGACUGGGAGGAAGCGGCUUGGGCGGAAGCGGCUUUGGAGGAGGCGGCUUUGGAGCAGGCGGCUUGGGUGGCCAACAGUCCUGCACGGGCGAUUUCUUGGAGCUGGAUGGCCAACGCUAUUGCGGCUGUCGUUCUGGCUAUGUCCACAAAUCGCACUGGGGCCAGGGUCGAAAGGCUUUGCGCAUGCGAAUGGGCCAGUCGGGCGGCACAAGCUCCAAUGGCUUCCUGCUGGAGAUCUAUCAGGAUCAGGACUCUGAUGGCUGUCGUCAGGAUGCCGGCGCUGGCUUUGGACUGGGCUUGGGCGUGGGUCAACAGCAGCAGCAGCAGCAGCAACCGCAGCGAGGCCUGGGUCUGGGUCUGGGCAUGGGCCUCUGGCCGCAAGGCGCAUAUCCAUCUGCAGUGGGUUAUCCAACGCUGCAGCAGCAGCAGCCACUGCUAUGGCCCCUGCAAGGGGGCUACCUGAAUGGGGGCUAUCCACUGCCCUUUGCCGCCACGCCAUAUCGCCAGACCAGACGCGUGUCCUUCGCUCGUGGCCUGGAUGAGCACCAGCCCUCGCGGGUGGUGGAAACCAAUUCCACGCGCAAGGAGUUCUACUACUUUGAUGGCGAUGAGGCGUUCGCGCGCUCCGCCGUGGACGACGCAGAGGAAGAGGAGAAACUUCCAGUUCAGCCGCAGGCGCUGGCCCAGAGCCAGACGCAGCCCCAAACGCAGCUGGUGACGAAGGCCUUCGAGCAGAGCAGCUGCACCUUCGACUACAUGGAGGUGCUCAAGCUGUCCGUGGACACGCUCUGGCUGACCAAGCCGCUGUGCUUCUCCCCGCUAAGGAGUUGGUUUCCCAAUAUCUUUGGCUAGGCGAGGGGCAGCUCGAAUUUAAUAUAGUUGAAUGAUGACGCCGCACCCCCCAAUCUGCGAUCUUAGCUCUCUCUCUCUCUCU